GCGUUUUCAAUAUAAAUAUAUGGGAUUUUAGAACCAAUCAAAAAUGAGACAGCAAUUGUCGCCACUGUGGGUUAUAGAGUCACUGUAGACAAGAGAACCGUUUCAGAACCACUAAUUUUCAGUGGCCCACCUAUUUUUCAAUAAGUUGAACGUUUAUCCUAUUUGACAAAUGAAUUCAUCGAAUGGGAAAUCACCGUUCUAGAACGGUUCCCAUGUCGUAUGGAACACAGCUAUUGUCAAUAUUGUCAUGGUAACGGGAAACGGUUUCUCAAGAACAUCAACAACAACAAAACUAAAGUUUUAAAUAUUCAUUUUGAUUUACAAAGAUGUUUUUGUAUUUAAGUAAAAAGAUUGCCAUACCAAAUAAUACAAAAAUACAUUGCUUGGAUUGGAACAAACGCGAUGGUUACAUAGCUGUUGGUGGUGAUAAUGGCCUUUUAAAAGUUCUGAAACUAGAUUCAGGUAACGACAAUGGUCUAAAAAGCAGAAAACUUGCAGUGACAAGUAAUUUGUCAAUGAACCAAACUCUUGAAGGGCACACACAUGCAAUCAAAGUUUUAACUUGGAAUGAAACUCACAAAAAGUUAACUACAAGUGAUUCCAAUGGAGUUAUAAUCGUUUGGAUGCUUUAUAAGGGUGCCUGGUAUGAAGAAAUGAUAAACAACCGAAAAAAAUCAACAGUAGUAGGAAUGUCUUGGAGUAGCGAUGGUCAGAAAAUCUGUAUAAUAUAUGAAGAUGGAGCUGUCAUUGUAGGUGGUGUGGGCGGUAGCAGAAUUUGGGGAAAAGAAUUGAAACACACAGCUCUUUGUGGGGUACAAUGGUCUCCUGAUGCCAAACUCCUCUUAUUUGCACUAAAAAAUGGCCAGCUACAUUUGUAUGACAAUCAAGGAAACUUUGUAAUGAAACUUGGUGUAUUAUGUCAGGAAAGUCAAUAUGACACUGUAGCAAUUAUCGGACUAGCUUGGUAUAAUGGCACAGGUGGAAUCAUGCAUUCCAUGUGUCCCACUUUGGCAAUAUGCUUUGAAAAUGGGAAAGCACAACUUAUGAGAAAUGAAGCUGAUUCAAAUCCUGUGUUGUUAGAUACUAAGAUGUUUGCAGUACAUUGCAGUUGGAAUCACAAUGGUUCUUUGCUUGCUAUAGCUGGAAAACAGUUUGCUGAGGAAAAAGAAGUUAACUUAGUUCAGUUUUAUAACUCAUUUGGGGAGAAUUUAAGGACUCUAAGGGUACCAGGGUCUUCAAUAUCUUGUUGUGUGUGGGAAGGUGGUUCUCUUCGAGUUGCUUUGGCUGUAGACUCGUUUGUAUAUUUUGCAAAUAUUCGUCCUGACUAUAAAUGGUGUUAUUUUAAAAAAACUGUGGUUUUCACUUCGUGUAAACCUGGAAGAUCCGGAGUGUGCAUCACUUUUUGGGAUACUACAAAUAAUUCGUGUCAUGUCAGAUGGGUUGACACAUUAAAUGCAAUAGCUGCACAUGGCGAAUAUUGUGUUGUUGCUGCUCAAUCGGAUGCAGACGCUGUAGGAAGAUAUGAUCUGGUGCUUUACAAUACCCUUGGAACAGCAGUAGAUGGAAAAUAUAUUCAUAUAGAUCCUCUAGGAGUAUCGAUGAAUUCCUAUCAGGUUUUUGCAGCCUCAAAAAAUCAUUUCGUUGUUUGGCAUUAUAAAACUCCAAAGUCAAUCGUAGUCAGCUCAGCAAGAUCAAGGUUAAUCCACAUCGAUGACAACCCUUCUGGGGCAGUUGAAAUAAUUCAUGACCUUGACGGAUCAAGUCAAGUUUCAGUAAGCAGUCAUCAAACUAUUGAUCCUAUAUGUUGUCUGGCAUCUAGUGAUAGUUGUCUUAUAAUUGGAAGAGAGUCUGGACUCAUACACUAUUAUGUGUUACCUCAUGUUGUUCUUACUUAUCGUUAUAAGAUUGCUACAAGACUUCAUAAAUUGGCAAUAAACUCUAAUUCUACGAGAUUGUCAAUAAUAGAUGUGUCUGGAGUAAUGACUGUCUUAGAUAUAUCUAACGGUUCUGGUAGAUCUUCACCAGCUAAAGAAGCAAAUAAAUUAGAGAGAAAAGAUGUUUGGGCUAUGUGCUGGGCAUCUGAUAAUCCUCAGCUUUUGGCUAUUAUGGAAAAAACUAGAAUGUAUAUUUUUAAAGGCAUGUAUCCGGAGGAACCUGUAGCCUGUUCCGGAUAUAUCUGCAGUUUUAAUGACUUGGAAGUUGAAGCGGUUCUUCUGGAUGAGGUGAUAGAUAAUUCUGAAAAGCCUAGCAAAGAUUAUUUGAUAAAAUUGGAGACGAAAAGCCUUAGAGACACAAGACAACUUUUAGAGAAGGUUGGUGUUAAUGAAGCUUCUCAGUUUGUUGAGGACAAUAGACAUCCAAGACUCUGGAGAUUAGUAGCUGAAGCUGCUUUGAAAGAAAUGCUUCUAUCCACUGCUGAUGCCUGUUUUGUAAGAGCUAAAGAUUAUUCUAAUGUGCAAUUUGUUAAAAAAAUAAGAGCAAUCAAUAAUGAAGCUAUAAGGAAAGCAGAAGUGGCUACCUAUUUUGGAGAUUUUGAUAAAGCUGAGAAAAUUUAUAUUGAAGCUGACAGAAGUGACUUGGCCCUUAACCUACGCCAAAUACUAGGCGACUGGUUCAGAGUAAUCCAAAUACUUAAAAAUGGUGUUACUGCUCCUGAUGAUUUAUUGAAAACAGCAUAUAACUCAACUGCAGAUUAUUUUUAUCACUUUAAUAAUUGGGCAUCUGCAAUAGAAUAUUAUGAUCUUGCCAAAAACGCAACACAAAUUAUCAACUGUUAUUAUCAUUUGGAAGACUGGAAAAAUUUGGAACUUAUGAUCGAUCAAUUACCAGAAGGUGAUCCUCUUCUAGAGAAAAUCGGCGAUAUGUUUGCCUCAAGUGCAGUCCAUAUAGAAGCAGUAAAGGCAUAUACUAAGGCAGGAAAAAUUAAACCUGCAAUCGAUUUGUGUAUCCUACACAACAGAUGGGAUGUUGCAAUAGAUCUGGCCAGAAAACACAACAUUGGCAAAAUACAGGAUCUGCUAAUCAAGUACACCAAUCACUUAAUUGAACAAAAUCAGAUUAUGACGACUAUAGAGAUAAACAUACAAGCUAAGUUUUUCUCGCUGGCAGCUGAACAUGCUUUUAAGUUAGCAAAAGCAAAUUCCAAAAAGACCAACAAAAGUCUUAUAAAAAUUUUAAAACAUUAUGUAUAUGCAGCGCGUUUGGUAGAAAUGCAUAAAAGUUCGGGGCAUUCAGGAGAUAUUGAAAACUACGAUCCUCUCCUAUACGAAAUCGCCUGGAAAGGCGCUGAAGCCUAUCAUUAUUUUAUUUUAGCCCACAACCAAUUAUAUGCAGGAAAAAUUCAUGAUGCUUUACGGAUCGCCUACAAACUCCAAGACUACACUGAUUUUAUUCCUGAAAUUGAAAUUUAUUCUUUAUUAGCGCUUACAGCUUGUCUUGAUAGAUCUUUCGCUAUAUGCUCUAAGGCUCUGAUGAAACUCAAAUCUAUAGAUAGCUUAACAGCUCUAGAAAAGGAGCAAUAUUGCAAAUUAGCUUGGGAUAUAUUUCGUCAGAAUGAGCCAGUUAACAUUAAGAGAAAAAUGAUAAAAUGUGAUAAUUGCGACAGCAGCGUUCAAGAUUGGAACACAGCUUGUCCGAACUGCAAAAUACAUUUCCCUACCUGUGUUGCUACAGGUUUAUCUAUAAUUGGAUCACCUAUUUGGUCUUGCAAAGUCUGUAAACAUCCAGCGCUUCAAAGAAAAAUGGAGUUAUUGAAUGCAUGUCCUCUUUGUCAUGCAAAACAUGACAAGCAAUAAUUUAUUGUUAGAUACUGAAUUUUUUGUAUUAUAAGCACUUUAUAGUAUUGUCAAUAAAAGUUAUGCGCAAAAUGUAUUUUGUUAAGCAAUUCAGGUUUUAAAUUUAUUUUAACCCCUCAUUUUGUGGUAUUACAAAAAGGCUUUGUUUUUACAGUUGUACUGCUUUGCUUGAUUGACAAUAUUAGCGUUCAUAAUAUGUCUCGAAUUGAUAAUAAAGUUUUGCUUGUAC